UUUGAUCCUCCGGGCUGGCUGUACCGGGCCCCGGCUCUAGUCUAAAGGAGGUUCGGCAGAAGAGCCAGAGCAGACAGAGAGAGAGAGCGGAAGGAAUCAAGGUGCCGAGAUGGAAGAGCAGUCCAGACUCCGCCAUCCCCACGCCGGGGUCAGCAUCCCGGGGCUGGCCCCGCACAUGCAGCCGGACAGCGGGGGAGAGGCUGAGGGCAGCAAACAGGACAUCGGAGACAUCUUACAGCAAAUAAUGACCAUCACUGACCAGAGCCUGGAUGAAGCUCAGGCACGGAAACACGCUCUGAAUUGUCACAGAAUGAAGCCAGCCCUCUUCAAUGUGCUUUGUGAGAUUAAGGAGAAAACAGUGUUGAGUAUCCGAGGAGCUCAGGAAGAGGAGCCUCCGGACCCCCAGCUCGUACGACUGGACAACAUGCUGCUGGCGGAGGGUGUCGCAGGGCCGGAGAAAGGUGGGGGCUCUGCCUCAGCUGCUGCCGCUGCUGCUGCUGCUGCUGCCGUCUCCGGGGGAGCGACGACCGACAACUCAGCCGAGCACUCAGACUACAGAGCCAAGCUCACCCAGAUCCGGCAGAUCUACCACACUGAGCUGGAGAAAUACGAGCAGGCCUGCAAUGAGUUCACCACGCACGUCAUGAACCUACUGCGGGAGCAGAGCCGGACGCGGCCCAUCUCCCCGAAGGAAAUCGAGAGGAUGGUCAACAUCAUCCACCGCAAGUUUAACUCCAUCCAAAUGCAACUCAAACAGAGCACGUGCGAAGCGGUCAUGAUACUCCGCUCACGAUUCCUGGAUGCACGGAGGAAAAGGCGGAACUUCAGCAAGCAGGCGACAGAGAUCCUCAAUGAGUAUUUCUACUCUCAUCUCAGCAACCCCUAUCCCAGCGAGGAGGCCAAGGAAGAACUGGCAAAAAAAUGUAGCAUCACAGUGGCACAGGUAUCAAACUGGUUUGGUAACAAGCGAAUCCGGUACAAGAAAAACAUAGGCAAGUUCCAGGAGGAGGCAAAUCUGUACGCUGCCAAAACAGCGGUAACUGCGACAAACGCGACAGCUCAAGGAAGCCAAGCCAACUCCCCGUCCACUCCCAACUCCACUGGUACGGAAUCAUGCUACAGAUCCAUGGGAGCCAGCAGCCCUCCAGCACCGCGACCUACCGGCCGGUCUUUGUGUACGAGCUUAGACAGCUCUGCUUCGUAUAACAUGACAAGCGGCGGAGAUCUGUACAUGAGCAUGCAGGCGCUGAAUGGAGAUUCGUACCAGGCAGCCCAGGUCGGAGCUAAUGUGCAGUUACAGGUGGACUCGCUGCGCCAUGUCAUCAACCAGACAGGCGGAUACAGUGACGGUCUGGGAGCGGGCAGGAUCUACAGUCCACAGGCCCUGAAUACUAAUGGAGGUUGGCAGGAUGCAACUACUCCAUCUUCAGUGACGUCACCAACAGAAGGGCCUGGAAGUGUCCAAUCUGAUACCUCCAACUGAUCUCCUAGCAACAGGGCAUCCCAGGAGCCAAUGAGCUUUCACUCUGCACUGACCAAUCAG